AUGGAUGUCGAGGACACCAACGCGAUGGCCUCCAGCGAGAACGAGGAGCGCCGGGUGAAGGAUUUGCAGGUCGACAAUGCCAUUCGUGCGAUACAGCAAAAGAGACCGCUUCCCGAGAUUGACUUCACCAUUCACACCAUGGAAGACGGGACCCAGGUUAGCACUUUGGAACGGGUCUGCAAAGAUGUGCAAGCACCCGCCAUGUACAAGCCUAGCGACGAGCAGUUCUUCGAAGACGAGACACACCAAAAGCCCAACAUCCAGUUUCUCAAGCAGCACUUCUACCGCGAAGGCCGUCUGACCGAGGAGCAAGCGCUAUGGAUCAUUAAGAAAGGUACCGAGCUCUUGCGCGCUGAGCCCAACCUGCUCGAGAUGGACGCACCCAUCACCGUGUGUGGCGAUGUCCAUGGGCAGUACUACGACUUGAUGAAGCUGUUCGAGGUUGGCGGCGAUCCGGCCGAGACGAGGUAUCUUUUCCUGGGUGACUACGUCGAUCGGGGCUAUUUCAGCAUCGAGUGUGUCCUCUACCUUUGGGCACUCAAGAUCCACUACCCCAAGACGCUGUGGCUGCUGCGUGGCAAUCACGAGUGCCGUCACUUGACGGAUUACUUCACCUUCAAGCUCGAGUGCAAGCACAAGUAUUCCGAGGCUAUUUACGAGGCCUGCAUGGAGUCAUUCUGCUGCCUGCCGCUGGCCGCGAUCAUGAACAAGCAGUUCUUGUGCAUCCACGGCGGACUCAGUCCGGAACUGCACACUCUUGAUGAUCUCAGAAAUAUCGACCGCUUCAGAGAGCCCCCAACGCAGGGGUUAAUGUGUGACAUCCUCUGGGCUGAUCCUCUGGAGGACUUCGGACAGGAGAAGACCACCGAUUACUUCCUGCACAACCACGUCCGCGGGUGUUCCUACUUCUUCUCUUACCCGGCCGCCUGCCACUUCCUCGAGAAGAACAACCUGUUAUCCAUCAUCCGUGCUCACGAAGCGCAAGACGCCGGCUACCGCAUGUACCGUAAGACGCGCACCACCGGCUUCCCGAGCGUCAUGACAAUCUUUUCGGCACCCAACUACCUGGAUGUCUACAACAACAAAGCGGCCGUGCUCAAGUAUGAGAACAAUGUAAUGAACAUCCGGCAGUUCAACUGCACCCCGCACCCCUACUGGCUCCCCAACUUCAUGGACGUCUUCACCUGGUCGCUGCCCUUCGUCGGCGAGAAGAUCACCGACAUGCUCAUUGCAAUCCUCAGCACGUGCUCUGAAGAGGAGCUUAGAGAGGACUCUUCUGCCACGUCUCCCGGCCCAGUCUCGCCGUCGCUGCCGUCCGCCUCGAGCGCCAGCGGACAGGAUCCCGACUCGAUCGAGUUCAAGCGACGGGCCAUCAAGAACAAGAUUCUCGCCAUUGGGCGCCUGUCCCGCGUCUUCCAGGUUCUGCGCGAGGAGUCUGAGCGGGUUACCGAGCUCAAGACGGUUUCGGGCGGCCGUCUGCCAGCCGGCACGCUCAUGCUUGGCGCGGAGGGUAUUAAGAACGCAAUCAGCAGCUUCGAGGACGCGCGGAAGGUCGACCUGCAAAACGAGCGGUUGCCGCCAAGCCACGAGGAGGUGCAGAAGCAGCAUGACGAGGAGCGCGCUCAGGCGCUCGAGCGGGCGGCGAGGGAAGCCGAGCAGGAUAAGAAGCUGCAGACGCUUUCGAGGCGGUUGAGCACUGAUCGUAAACGGUGA